CAUCAAAGAAAAACAGUACAAAAGUUUAUAUAUAUUUCUUUAUAUAAAAAAAAUAGAAGGAAAUAUGGAUUCCGAUUUGACCGAUGAGCAAGUCGAGGAGCUCAAGCAAGCCUUCGACAUUUUUGACAAGGAUGGCAAUGGCACUAUCACUACCGAUGAGUUGCGGAAUGUAUUGACCUCACUAGGGCAAACCCCAUCUGAGGAAGAACUGGAAGAAUUUCUUCAACAGAUGGGUGGUGAUAAUGGGAGGGUUCGCUUUGAUCAAUACUUGAUCUUCAUGGAAAAAUUAAUGUACCCUAAUGGUGCGUUUGAAUGAAGGAAUUCUAAUUUUCAUAGAAUUUGUAAACGACAGAAUUUGUAAUUACAACAUUUGAAAUUACGUCUAUUUCAAAUUUCAGUGUUUGGAUAUCUUGUAUAUAGAAUUUAGAAAAUGACAGAAAUUACAAUUUCUCC